CCUGACUUACGCAGAUACCUGAUGCCCUGUACGGAACCGCUAUAACGGGCUGGCCACGCAGGUACCCCCCUAUCUAAGGUACCUGGGCUGGGUAGAUAGGGUACCUCUCCGUGGGUGGGCUGCGACCUGCAUGUACUUGGAGCGAGUGAGACGAGAGACCCCUGGCUGCGAGUCUCCAUCCGCCCAUCUUCCAAUUUCCCAUCCCCAAGGGCAUCCCUACCUCCCCUAACCAAGCAACGCCCCAGCAUCCAAGCCAUCCAAGACCCAGCCCAAAAAGCAACCGACCAUGCCUGGCUUUGCCCACACCCACACGUCUCUCCCACGUCCCCCCGUCCGCCGACAAGCCUGAUCGAUGCUCGCUCCCAUAUUAUCACUCUCGUCGACUGGACUGACGCCGCCGUCACCUCCUCUCUCUCCUCCCUCCUCCCGCUCGUCCAUCGCGUCGUCUCCUUGGCUCUCCUCCGAGGCCAGGCUUCGAAAUUCUUCUCGCGCAGUUGUAGCCGUCGUGCCUCUGUCCUUCUUUCCUUUUUUUUCUCGCUUCGAGAGAGACGGGAAGAGAGAGCGUGUGAAUGCAAUUGGAGAGUCUUGGUGGUCCGCAUCUUGUCAAGAUUCUUCUCUUUUUCCCUCUCCUUAUCUCUCCUCGCACUCCUCUCUGAGCACAGCUCUCUCCUCCCCUCCCCGUCCCCCGUCCCCAUCUCCUGCCUCUCCUACCGUUAUUGCUAUUCCCUUGCUGUUAUUUGUCGGCUUUCGCCUCUCGGGGGCCUCCCUAAUACGGACCUCGCGCGAGUACCUUUUUUUUUUUUCUUUCCCUGCAGACUGCGCCGUCGGUCGUUGUCCGCCCACCCCUAAUCGCAACGCCUUCUCCCCGGCACCUCGUUAAACGGUGCAUGAGCCAAGAUCCCUCUUCACCCCCAACGCAGAUAAUUGAUUGUCGGUCGGUAAUCGUCGCUGGAAUCAACCCCGACCCAACAACACGUAUCUAUAUCUCUGUGGUGUACGUGGCGGGUGAGUGUAUGUGCUUCUGUGCGCGCGCCUGGGCGUGUCGGCUCUUCGCAACCAAGGUCGACCAACGGUACCUAGACGAGGACGAAACAUCCCACACUCCGCAUAGCCCGUCUCAAUUCCUCUUAUACGGAUACCCGAGCUCGAUAUCCCGCCCCCUCCCCCUUUAGCAAGUUGGUCAAGGGGUCC